AUGUCUCCAAUUGUUUCAAGAAAGGCAGAGACCGACCCACAAAAGGUAUUCCACUAUACCGACCUACAGAGGACGAAGCCUACUCGUGAAAAUGAUCCGUACGACUACCAACCUGGGUUCGGCAACCGAUUUCAGUCUGAAGUGAUUCCAGGCUCAUUGCCAAUUGCACAGAACAAUCCCCAGGAUCGUGGGUUUGGCCUUUACACUGAGGGAAUUACUUAUUCUGCUUUUGCGGCUCCACGUCAUGUCAACUCGAGCACGUACAUGUAUCGUGCCCGACCAUCUGCCGCUCACCAGGGUUAUGGAGACAUUGAAACCAAGUCUCAUAUCGAGAACUCGUUUCUCUCGUUGAAUCCUAAAGUUCAGCCACUGCCGCAGCAGGCUGAGUGGUCGCCAUUCCCUCUGCCGAAAGAUGAUGAGCAAAUCGAUUUCACCGAUGGCCUACACACCAUCUGUGGGAGUGGUGACCCAAACUUGAAGCAGGGUCUUGCCCUUUAUGUCUACAUGAUGAAUACCGAUAUGAAAAACAAGGCAUUCUGUAACACUGACGGAGACUUCCUCAUCACACCCCAACUGGGCAUCCUCGAUGUGCAAACUGAGAUGGGCAAGCUCUUUGUACAGCCCGGUGAGAUUUGUGUUAUUCAACGCGGAGUUCGCUUUAGGAUUAACCUGGCCAACGGGAGUCCUGUGGCUCGUGGCCAUAUCGCCGAGAUCUGGGGCUCAACAUGGCAACUACCGGAUCUGGGACCCCUUGGUGGUCAUGGACUGGCAAACCCAAGGGACUUCCUCCACCCGGUUGCAUAUAUCGACGAGGAUUUACACAUGCCCUUUACCAUUGUGGUAAAAAACACCGGGAAGCUUGUUGUGAUCAAGCAAGACCACAGUCCCUUCGACGUAGUUGCAUGGCACGGUAAUUGUGUUCCAUAUAAGUACGAUCUCACCAAAUUCGUUGCUCAGAACACAGCCACUGUUGAUCACACGGACCCUAGCGUGAAUACUGUGCUCACUGCUCCAUCUAUUGACCCGCAUCAGCCCCUGGCGGACUACCUCUGGUUUGGCCCUCGGUGGGAUUCGGCAACCAACACAUUCCGUCCGCCUUAUUUCCACCGUAACAGUGCAUCCGAACUUCUGGCCUGUAUUUACGGUGCGGGACUUGGUCGGUCGGAUGAGUUCCAGCCAGGCGGCUGCAGUUACGAAGGUGGACACACGCCCCACGGAGGAUUUAGCGACGAGUAUCUGUAUGAGCGUCCGCUGCAGGUCAAUGAACCACGUAGAAUCUUGGAGAACCAGAUGACAAUCAUGGUCGAGUCUUCUCGUACCUUUCUUUUCACUGAGUAUGCGCGCCAGAUAUGUGGUGUCAUUCAUACUCAGGGUACUGACCCCAAGGUUUGGGACAAGCUGCCCGACCACUUUUCAGCUCACCCUCUGACCAAGGAGCUGCUGGCGCGAGUGGCCAAGGACAAGGCUGAGCAGAGGAAGGCAACCGACUAUUACCACUCGGUCAACAUCGAAGAAGGGUCUCAACUCGUCGCCUCGCUUGCCAAAUGA